AUGCACGUUGGCUUGGAAGGAGCAAAGUCCGGGGUGGUCUUGGCCUUUCUGGAGCUGCUCCUGCGCAGAAACCUCAGUGGAAAUCUCAUCACGCAGAUCCAGAACAGCACUUUCCAGGCAUGGCACGGGAUGCAGUUUUUACAGAAGCUGGACCUGGGUGCAACCCAAGUGACUCAGCAGACGUUGCUCACGCUCCUCCUGACAACAGUCCGCUUGGAAACGCUCAAACUACCCCGUGAUACGGCCUGCUGCCUCUGCCAGGAGAAACACACCACCGAAACCCCGUGCAGGACCAUCGAGUUCCACUGUGAGGACCUGUGUGCCAUCAGUGCUCCCCAGUGCGCUUGCACAGAUCCUCUGGCAGAGACACAAGGAGAAAUAAUGGAAGCGGUACAAUCCAGAAAACUCAACACCAGCACGGUGUUAAACCUCAAGCCCAAGGAGCCUUCGCUUGGAGACCAUAAAACUGUAACGCUUGCGGUUAUCCUGAGCCUGACCGGCACUGAUGGUGAUCUCAGUAACCCGAAUGAUCGCGUUUCCAGAACAAAUUCAGAUUCCCCUCAGCACCUAUCCAAGCAGGAAGGCAAAACCAGUAAGGAGCUGAUGCUGAUGCUGCACAGCAUUCAGCACGUGGGCUGGACCAGUGAAAGUGAUAGAAGGGAACUCUAUUUUCUAGCAAAGGCGCUAGUGGCCGAGCUCAGGAAGAAGCUGCACAAGGCUAAAAGUGUCGUGACCGUGAAAAACACCGUCUCACCCCUGCCAGCGCCUGCCACGCAGAAACACGAGGUACACGAGAUCCCAGCAGUGGAGGGAGAGACAACCACGCACUGGGUGCAAAAGCAGCGUGAGUUAGGUUUGAACCAGGCGGUAUUAAACCUCUGGGAAGCAGCUGGCAGGUUAAACCCCACCGACAACAUCCCUGACUUCAGACAUCACAAAAUAUCCACACCCCCUUCAAAACAUUCCCUUUCACGCUUCCCAGCAGAGGCUCCUCAUUUGUCUGGGUCUUUUAAGAUUCAAAAUUACUAUGAUGCUGUGGAACAGACCAAAAAAUCUCACGGGAUAGAGGAUGUGGAGGAUGCAGAAGAUGGAACGGGAGCACCAUCUCCAAGGCAGGCCUAUGUUUGGACUUACAGAAAGCACAAGCAGGGGGACAGCCCGUAUCUGAAUAAAAGUAAUCAGCUUUUCUACAAGAUGUUUGACAAUGCGAAUCCAGAGGAAGAGCCCACACCAACAGAAAGUAAAGCAGAGCAGAGACUAAACACAAAACAGCGUUUUUUCUACAACCUGUUGGUUAACGACAGCCCCCCCGCUGCGAGCAGCAUGCUAGAGGACGUGGCUGAAGAAAAGGGUUCGUCUCCAGGUGGGUAUUUACCGGCCGUCCCACGAACAGCAGAAACGCACUGGAGGCAACAGAAGGAAGGAUCCAGUUUCCUCAAUAAACCAGAUAACCCUGACAGCCCAGAUGAUGCGUCGGUUCAAGGAGACCUCUUUGAAACCAACCUCCAUCGUCACCUGCGCUUGCUCGUCCCAGACGAAGCCCUGCGGACGUUCAUCGCCCACGUGGCGCAAGCCCUGAGGAAGGACUGUGGCCUGCCCAAGCUCCAGCUGGCCUGCGCAAAGAUGGUCUCGAACACGGGGCUGCUCAUAAAGCUGCUCGGCGAGAAGCAAGAUGAGCAAGGAGCCUCUGCUCUCGUGGGCCGGUGUCUCCUGGAGGGGAACGUUUCCGAUGGCAUGGUCACGGGCAGGAAACCUGCAGGGAAGAAACCAGAGUACACCUCCAGCGACAGGCUUCUGUUAGCGAUAUCGGUGUCUGUCGUCAUCAUGAUUAACAUCACGGUGAUUUGUCUCGUCGAGGUUUGCUCCCAAAAACCUGCAGCCGCUUCCCAACCCCAAAGCACCAGCAAAUCAUGCCCAAGACGAUUCUUUCAAAAACUCCUGCCAUGGGGAUGGAGCAAGAAGAAGAACGGCGUUAGAGCGCAGGGCUCGCACGUACGGGAUCUGAGCAAACCCAGCCCGCAGUGGCUGAGAGACCUGUACCAACCCCUCGAUGCCCGGCAGAAAAAAUCCCUGGCUGAGCUCUACGACGAAGAGUCCUCGGCCGAGGAGGAGAUUUUCAACGAGUCCGAGCUAAACUGGAUGCCCACCGCCCCCCAGAAAAGCUGCGACGGUGAGGAAACGCAGUUACCCAGAGCCCCGCUGCCUCUGCCUGGUAGCUCCGCUGCACCCCAAGAGCUGGAGCAAGGGUCCCUCUCCCCAGAGGAGGCUGCUACGGGCGGCCGCGUGCUCGGGGCACCCCAACGCUCAUCCCAGCGGGAUGGGACCGGGAUGGCUACGGGGGACCGGCAGCUCUCGUAG